CUGCACCAACAACUGCUGCACCAACAACGACAACAGCUGCACCGACAACGACAACCGCUGCACCCACCACGACAACUGCUGUACCGACCACGACGAUUGCCGCACCUACACCAACAACCGCUGCACUAACGACAACGACUGCUGCACCAACGACUACGACUGCUGCACAAACGACAACGACUGCUGCACCAACCACAACAACUACUGCACCAACGACAACAACUGCUGCACCAACAACAACUAAUGCACCGACGACAACAACUGCUGCACCGACAACGACAACUGCUGCACUAACAACCACAACUGCUGCACCAAUGACAACAACUGCUGCACCAACAAGUGCUGCACCAACGACAAUAACCGCUGCAUCAACAACGACAACUGCCGCACCAACGAGGACAACCGCUGCACCAACAACAACAACUGCUGUACCGACAACGACAAUUGCCUCACCAACAACGACAACUCCUGCAGUCCCAACUACUACUGCCGCACCAGCGGGCCCUCAAGAACCUCCUACAGUAAACGAAGGUUCUCGAGAUGUGUCAUUCAGUUUGCAACGCCCGUUUGAAAGCGCUUUGUCAGAUUCUGAUUCCCCAGAGUUUCAGUCGUUGGCUGAUGAAGUCACAAGAGAGGUAAACAAUGGCUACAAAUUGAGAUUUCCUGGCACUUUUUCCCGCUCUCUAGUAAGGUCUUUCACGAACGGCUCGGUCAUUGUGGAUUUGACUGUAGUCUUCACCAACCUAACAGUUGUUCCAAAUGGAACCGUUGCAGUGGAGACACUGAUUCAAGCAUUAGCCACCGGCACUACCAACCUAGCUGUGAUCGUAUCUACUAUUACCUUGAGCCAAACAGCAUCAACUGCAGCACCAACAACGACUACUGCUGCACCAACGACAACAACUGCUGCACCAACGACAACAACUGCUGCACCUACGACAACAACUGCUGCACCAACGACGACAACGGCUGCACCAGACUCUACAGAGUCUCCUGCAGCAGAUGAAGGCACUUUGGAUUUGAGUUUCAGUUUGACACGCACAUUUCAAAGCUCUUUGUCAGAUCCUACUUCCCCAGCCUAUCGUGUGCUGACUAAUGAAGUCACAAGAGAGGUUAACAAAGGCUACAGAUUUUUUUUUCCAAGAACAUAUUCCCGAUCUGUUGUUAGGUCUUUUCGUAAUGGCUCAAUCCUUGUGGAAAUGAUCCUGGUCUUCCAAAACCAAACAGUGGUUCCGACCGGAGUCCUGGCAGAGCAGGCACUGCAGGCCUUAAUAUCCUCAGGUAUCACCAACCUAACUGGACUGGACCUUUCUACUAUUACCGCAAGACAAACAGCAUCAACUGCAGCACCAACAACGACUACUGCUGCACCAACGACAACAACUGCUGCACCAACGACAACAACUGCUGCACCUACGACAACAACUGCUGCACCAACGACGACAACGGCUGCACCAGACUCUACAGAGUCUCCUGCAGCAGAUGAAGGCACUUUGGAUUUGAGUUUCAGUUUGACACGCACAUUUCAAAGCUCUUUGUCAGAUCCUACUUCCCCAGCCUAUCGUGUGCUGACUAAUGAAGUCACAAGAGAGGUUAACAAAGGCUACAGAUUUUUUUUUCCAAGAACAUAUUCCCGAUCUGUUGUUAGGUCUUUUCGUAAUGGCUCAAUCCUUGUGGAAAUGAUCCUGGUCUUCCAAAACCAAACAGUGGUUCCGACCGGAGUCCUGGCAGAGCAGGCACUGCAGGCCUUAAUAUCCUCAGGUAUCACCAACCUAACUGGACUGGACCUUUCUACUAUUACCGCAACAACAACCACCUCAGGAGGACCCACUCUGAAAAUGACCACCACAACUGCAUUUUGUUUGCCUAUCUUCUUGACGGUCAUCAAAGGACUGUUGUUCAGUACAUAGAACACUCUUGUAUUAUAUUGAAUGUAUAAUAUUUUUUUCCUAAGCCUAGUUUACCAUGACAUCAACAUAGUUCAUUUGGAGGCAGCAACAACUUUUUAGAUUGAGAAUAGAAUAACAUAAUUGUCAUAAGUAAGAAUCCAUUUAGAUAAUAGUAAGAAUAAGUUGACAACUAUUUCCACUGCUUAGCAGUGUGAUUUCAACAACCAUUUCAACAUAUUUGUUUCUUCACCAUGAUAGAACAAAGUGGGAACUAAAAUACAAAAGAAAGCAAAUGAAUAACAUUUGCCAGAAUAAAAUGUAUUAUUUUCAGCUCUGCAAUUCUAGCCAGGAACUAAAAGAUAAUUCAAACAUUUGGCAAAAACAAUGAAUGAAAAAAACGAAUAAAUGUUAUCAUAUUUUUAUAAAUUAGAUAUAUUAUAUUUAAUCACAUGUUGUUGUUAUUUUUAUUACAGAAAAACAGGCAUUGUCUAUAAAGAUGUAGCCGACUUAAAAUUAGAUGUUUAUCGGGGGGGCACUUUGUCUUGGUGUUGCCAAUAAAAUGUAUCCUAUGUUGUAUCUGCAUAUUUCACUGCUCAUUAAUAAACACAAUAAGCUAUAA